AACCCCGCCUCCUUCACAACAGAGAGGCCUGGGAUGGAUCUAGUCUCAUGGAUCAGCCCCCUCCUGAUCCAUGAGACUAGGAUGGAUCAGAGUUCAUUAAUUAUUAAAAUGACUUCAAAUUCGAAGAGAGAUGUCCUAGGCUAUACCAUCAGACCAGCCAGUGCAGAAGACAUUCCCAGUGUCUUGUGGAUGAUUCAGCUCUUUGCUGAGCAUCAAAAUGAACCCUGUGCCUUGGAGAUCAUGAAGGUUGGCGAGAAAGAACUUCUACGUGAUGGGUUUGGGAAAGAGAAAUAUUUCCGUUUACUGGUGGCGGAGUUAAAUUCAGAUCCACAAGAAAGCACGUAUCCACCUGAUUUGCGAAGCUCAAAGAUGGUGAGGAAUGAGAGACUUGUCGGGUAUGCUCUCUACUUCUUCAACUACUCUACUUGGGAGGGACGAGUGUUAUAUCUAGAGGAUCUAUUCGUAAGACAGCAAUACAGAAAUAUUGGUCUUGGAACAGCUUUCAUAAGAGAAUGUGCCAAGGUGGCCAAGACUAAAGACCGCCGAAGAAUGGUGUGGCAGGUACUAGACAGUAACACUAAAGCCUUCGAUUUGUACGAGCGUAUUGGAGGAAAGUGUUUGCGAGAGUGGUUGACGAUUAGAAUGGACAAGAAAGGAAUGGAGAAUUUUAUCUCUAGCUCAGAAUGAUCGUGGAUUUUAUUUUAUUAUAGAGUUGCGCUUAUUCAUUUUGUUGUACAUGUACAAUCAAAGGCUUCAGUUGAACUUG